AUGUCUACUGAAAGUAUUCACCCCAUAUUCACCUUGAAGCGCAAGAGGACCAACAACGAAAACGGUUCAGACGAUUUUGUACCCGAGCCCGACAUGGCUGCGCCCACAACCAAGACAGCCAAAACUACGAAAAAACCACGCGCGUCGGCGGCUGCAAUGGCGGCAGGGACCUGCUCUCUCACCAAGAAGGAGUUCGGUGACAGGAUCAAGGCGGCGUUGCGUAUAGAAAAGUACGACGUGCAGCGAAUGCGGAUUGACGUGAGUACAUAUCGCGUCUAA